UUUGAGUUUUAGAGUUUUUCAAUAUUAUUCUGGAACAAGCCGUGAAAGGGAAUUUUAUUGAAUUAACAGCAACAUUUAAAAUGUCCAAAAGAAAAUUUAAUACCGAUUUUGAUAAUGGUGAUAACAAUAAUAAUAAUGGAGAUCAAAAGCCAAAGUUUCAGCAGCAAGUAAAAUAUGAUAAUCGUUCCAGACAUUGUCCAUACUUGGACACAAUAAAUCGUGGUGUGUUGGAUUUUGAUUUUGAAAAGUUAUGCUCAAUUUCAUUGUCCAAAAUUAAUGUAUAUGCUUGUUUAGUUUGUGGAAAAUAUUUUCAAGGUCGAGGAAUCGGCACACAUGCCUACAUGCAUUCGGUAUCAUGUGGUCAUCAUGUUUUCUUAAAUCUACAUACAUUAAAAUUCUAUUGUCUGCCAGAUAAUUAUCAGAUUAUUGAUUCAUCCCUUGAUGAUAUUGUUUAUGUUUUAAAGCCAACAUUUUCUCAUAUAGAAAUUAAAAAAUUGAAUUCUAAUAAUAAAUUAUCGAUUGCUUAUGAUGGUACCGCAUAUUUGCCCGGUAUAGUCGGUUUGAAUAAUAUCAAAGAAAAUGAUUAUUGUAAUGUCAUUCUACAGGCAUUGUCACAUGUAAAAACAGUUCGAAAUUAUUUUCUGAUUGAAUCAAAUUAUGAUAUAUUUGUUCGUCAAAAUUCUCAAGAUCAUUCAGCACUAUUAUUGCAACGAUUCGGUGAAUUAUUACGAAAGUUAUGGAAUCCUAAAAAUUUUAAAGCUCAUGUAUCUCCACAUGAAAUGCUUCAAGCAGUCGUAUUGUCAUCAAAAAAACGUUUUCAAAUCACACAACAAGGUGAUCCGAUUGAUUUUCUUAGCUGGUUUCUGAAUGCUUUGCAUUUGGCAUUGAAAGGAAGCAAUAAGAAUGAUUCAUCGAUCGUAUUCAAAACGUUUCGAGGCUCAAUGAAAACCUAUACACGUAAAGUGAUACCUAUUGAUAAAUCGAUUGAAGAAAAACUUCAUUUGAUGGAAAAUGAAGAAUAUGCUGAAAAAUGUGAUGAUGGAAAUUUCCUCUAUCUAACGCUUGAUCUUCCACCGACACCUUUGUUUCGUGAUGAAAUGAGCGAAAACAUUAUACCGCAAGUUCCAUUAAGUCGGUUAUUAGCCAAAUUCGAUGGUAUAUCCGAAAAAGAAUAUAAAACAUAUAAAGAUUCAUUUCUAAAACGAUUUGUCAUAACAAAAUUUCCUAAACAUCUUAUCCUUUAUAUCAAACGUUUCACUAGAAAUACGUUCUUUUUGGAAAAAAAUCCGACCAUCGUGAAUUUUCCAAUAAAAAAUGUCGAUCUUUCCGAAUUGUUUCCUAAUCAAGAUCAGCAAGGAAAUGAACGGAAUUCAAAAGUGGUUUAUGACCUCAUCGCUAAUAUUGUUCAUGAUGGUCAACCAGAAUCAGGAAAAGGAACAUAUCGAAUACAUAUUUUACAUAAGGGCACUGGAAAAUGGUUCGAAAUACAAGAUUUACAUGUCACCGAGAUACUUCCUCAAAUGAUUACAUUAUCGGAAGCAUAUAUACAAAUCUGGGAACAGCAAAAAUGUUGAAUUGAAUACAGUAUUAUAUAUAAAUGAUUAAGUUUGUUUGAUUCUUGGUUGUUGAAAUUGAUGUGAACAACAUUUAAAACCAUUUUUUAAGCAAUCAAAAUUAACGUUUAAUCAAUGAAUAUUGAACAUGAUGUAAUUCAAGUCAUAAUUUUGAAAUGUAUUUUUUAAUAUAUAAUUUGAUCGAAAACUUUGUAUAUAAAAGAAUACUUUAUCCAUUUGUUUA